AUGUUCACACUUUGUUAUGGACAGCUGCGGACGACCACGGAAAAUUUGAACAGUCGCAUUGAUGCAUCGGAAGCUCGUGCACGCCUGCUGGAACAGGAGCGAUCUUACGAUGUGGAAAACACUUUGGCCAAAUUACAAGAGGAACAACAACGGUACAUCUAUUAUCCCCACCUCCCGGCCGUCCCCCCCCCCCCUAGCCCGAAAGUUUUCCCACAUGCUCAGAGCUAUGUUGAGAUGCCUCACUUGGCGGGUGCGAACGAUUUGGCACGCGCAAAUGAACUGUUACGAGAUCAACUGGAUCAAGCUAUUCAGGCGAAUCAGGGCUUGAGUCAGGAUGUGGCACGACUCACACUGGCCUGGCGCCACGCGGCACAACAGCUAGACAAACGAGAAACCGAAUGGCGGGAGGAGGAGAACGCAUUCAAUGACUAUUUUGCCGCUGAGCAUAGUCGAUUGCUGGCUCUGUGGCGAACGGUCGUCGGGCUUCGGCGUCAGUUCGGUGACUUGCGACAACAAACCGAUCGAGACUUGACACAAGUGCGGACAGAAUUUGCCCGAUACAUCCGUAAUAUACAGUCGGUGUGUGGUAACUUGGAGGUAAACAUGCGCACGGCCGAAGCGCAGGCUCAAGCCACUCUGAAGCGGGAGACUAAACAGGCGAGUGCGCUCGAGGCCGAAGCGGCCGACCGGAUCCGCAAUCUCACUGAAUCUCUGGCCCGUAGCCAAGCGCGGUUGGCGGAAACCGAGGCCAAAUUGACCGAGACCGUGGCCGCAAAGGAACGCCUGGCAUCACAAUUGGCCGACAGAGAUCGUAUUCUGACCACCAUGAGUCAACUCCGUUCCGGUAUCUAUUCAGUUGUGGAGGACACAGAGUUUGCGAGACACAGCAAAAAGUCCAAACGGUCCAAACGCGGUGGUCGCGAUGGUAUGGGCAGCUCGGAUGAGGAGGUGGAGGAUGACGAUGAGGAGGAGGAAGACGUCACGCAGCCGGGCAACUUGUUGGAAGAUCCUGAUGAUCACUUGAAGGCAACCAAACUCCUGAUUGAACACACACAUGUCAUGCAUCAGACCUUGAGUCAGAUUGCACAGCUAGUCAUUUCCGACUCCAUGAUUGCUGAUUCGGACGAGGCCGAAGAGCCGUUGCUCAGUAUGCAGCAAGCCGAAUGGUCAUCCGGUUUGCCCGAGUCUGCCGAAGGUUUUGCGCCACCACUUCCACCGCGAAUGACCGAGGCGAAAACUCCCCGCUCGGAGGAUGCUUCCCAAGCACCGGGUCGUGCCUUAUCGCCCAGUCAAACCGGGCAUCCGAUGGACUAUCGUGAGGGUGUGGAAUCCGAUCAGAUGGCUAUGCGCCCCUAUGGUCUAUCCAAAGGAGAUAUCAAUACGUUGCGCAAAUUGGCUCAUUCGAAAUAUCGGGCCGGUUCGAGUUUGCAUUUGGCUGAGUCCACCGUGUCCGCUGUGCAGACAGCUCUGAAUCGUCGGGCUGCUCACGUUCAUCGUUUGAGAUAUCGUACUCGCGGCUUGCGGGAUCAGGUUCAAGCUUUGCUUCGACGCUCAGAAGAGCUGGACACCGAACGACGAAGAACUGCCGAUCAGCUGUCACGUCUCCGGGAUGAAUUGGAAGCGCAGGGUUUGGAAAAUGAUAAACUGACUCGCGAAAGAGAUCGGGUCAAACACAAUCUGAACCUGAUGGAAGAGGAGAAGAAAAUGAACGAGAACUCGCGAAUCAGUCUGGGUGAACAAAUUCGGGAAUUGCAGACGGAAUUGGAUCGACAUCGAAGCAUGGUUCAUGAUGUGUCUAAACAACGGGAAGAUGUGGUCAACGAUCGGGAACGCCUGCAGACCGACCUUGAACGAUUGUCACGGGAACUGAAUUCACUUAAAGUGUCCCUUCAAACUGCGGAAGAACGAGCGGCCAGCUAUCGUGAAGAGUUAACGUCUGUUCGGGAAACUUUGAGACGUACGGAAUUGGAAAAAGAGGUAUUGACCCAAGAGAAAACGGACGCGGUUGGAACGGGAACUCGGGCUCGGGCUAGAGUGGAUGAAUUAGAGCAAAAGGUGUCACAACAGACUGCGCUGGCGCAAGCCACUGAGCUCAGACUCACCGAGGAACGUGCCAGUCUUCGAGCCGAGCGACAACAACUCAGGGAAGAGCUGGAUCGAGUCUACACGGAUCGUGGCACGCUCACGGCUGAACUAGAACAGCUGAAAGAUAAUAUGGCCCGUGUGGAUGGGACACGGAAUCGUUUGGAAGCGGAAAAUGCCGAAUUGUCUCAUGAACGGCUCGCCUUGGUUGAGGCACUGAACGCGGCAGAGCGGCAAAAGGCUGCAAUGCUUGAGGAUUUGACCGCCUAUCGUCGGGAGAAUGAAAGACAAGCCGGUGUGAUUACGCAUCUGUCUGAUGAGAAAGAGUCAGUUGCAAAACAGAAAGCAGAACUGGUUGUUCAACUCUCAAUUGUGGAACGUGACGCCCGACAGUUGGGUGAUCAGAUUACACGGCUGAAAGAUGAGAAGGAAACCCUCGAAGCGAACUUGUUCGACGCACAACAACUAAUCACACAACUGCAGUCUAAACAGCAACAAUUGGAACGUGAAAUCGCUGAAUUGAAAUUGCGCCGUGACACACUACAAGCCGAACUGUUACGUGCUCACACAAACUUCCAGGUUGAGCUGGACAAAUCACAGCGAAGUCAAAAGGAACUCGGAACCCAGUUGAACACCGAGUUGGAAGACUUGCGUUGCGCGCUCAAUCAGGCUGAACGACGAGCCAAAGAAGCCGAGGAGGCGUGUUUACAAGCUGUUGUACGAGCUGAUCAAGCGGUGACCGUGAUGGGGCGACAACAACAACUGGAAGCCGAAACGAUCACAGACAGAGAAAUGGAACUGCGCAAGUCAGCGGAAGAAGUGAAUCGUUUGACUCGAUCGCUUCUCGCAGCUCAGAGAGAACGAGAUGAAGCCCGACUUCACGCGGAGCAAGAACGUCAACGGGCUUUGCUCCGAGCGGCCGAGGAAAAAUCUGGAUUACAGGAGCGGGUCAGCUUACUGCAACAAACGGUAAACAUUUUGAAUAACAAAUCUCCUUAA